GACUGACUCUGUCAGGCCUCCAAGGGUCCUGUGCCCUGCCUGGGGCUGUCCCAUGGGUCCAUGGCCCCAGCUGUCCCUGCACACUGGCUCCUCCACCUUGGGUCCUCUACCAUGCUCAGAGCACUGUCAAGGUGCAGUUGUGUCCAUGUCCCGUCAGAGCAGAGGUGCUCUUUGCUCCCUGCUUUGCAAUGGCCAGGGGACAAACAGGCUGCAGUGUGUGCUGUGUGUGCUCAUACACGAGCAUCACCCAGACUCCUCCUUAUCUCUGCCCUCCCAGCCUGGCCAUGGCACCUUGACCGCAGCAGAAGGAGCUGAAGGAGCUUUUGGCAGUGCAACCCACAUGCCACUGUCCCAUGUCACAUUCCUCCCCACCUGCUCAAAUCUGGGCUCCUGCUCCUGUCCUGCUUUCCCCUGGCACUUUCUGCUCUCCAUGGGUCUCCAGGGGCCCUGUUUCCUCUGUACCUUCCUGCUCCCUGCCCCUGGGAUCAGACUAUGUCCCUCCUGCCUGGGAGGGGCUGGCACCCCCAAAGCCUCCACCCUUGACAGAGCCAUCCCUUAGGACUGAGUGAGUCCCACACCUUGCCCAGCACUGCCCAGGGUCUGGUGCUGGUUCCCCUCUCUCUGCCGUGCAGGUGCAGGCUGUGCCAGCACCACAGCUCCACAGCAGCUCUGCCUGCUCCACAUAUGCCAGGAGGGAUCCAGUGGAUGCUGAAGACUGGGACAGGACACUGCUCCUGUGUCCCAUCCAUGCUCUCAAUAGUGUGGCUCUGGGAGUGCUGCUUAGCCCUUGGCACAGCUGCUCACAGGUCACCAGUGACCUGGAAAGGGAGCUGCAGAUGUGUCAGUCAUGGGCCACGAGCCCAGCACUGGCCCAGCAGUCUCCCCCAAGCUGAAUUGUUCAUGCCCAGCACUCCCACAGUCCCGGAACUGUGCUGCCAUGAGAAGCAGCAGCUUGGCUUGGCCACCCCCCACUCUAGCAGGGUUUAAAUCCCAGCCCAUUGCCCAGCAGCACAUUGACUGCAGCGCAAUGCUGGGCCACCGCACCCUUCUUCUGGUGCUCCUGGCACUGCUCACACUGGCCCAGCAGCACAGCCCCAGGGUCCAGGGCACUGCCCUCACCCUCACUGCAUCCCCACACCCGGCCCUGCAGGGACGCUGGACCACCACUACCCCACCUGCUCCCCCCAAAGUGGGUGAGUGCCCAGCAGGGGCCAGCAGAGCCCCCUGGUCCCCCAGGCUGUACUGCCUCUCCGACCAUGGCUGCCCUGGUGCUGAGAAGUGCUGCCAGAUCGGGAAGGACUGGACCUGCCUCCUGCCCACCACAGGUACUGCUGCUUACUCCAAAGGAUGCCAGCGCAAGGGUUGGGCAAUGGAUGGGAUGUGGGCUGGUGCCUGUGUUGGUGCCCCUGGAGGGGGUGUCCCUGCUCCCCAAGACAUGGCUACAUGGCUGCAUGGAGCAUCUCCCUCUGCAGAGAGCCCAGGAUACUGCCCCCAUGCUGGCAGUGCCAUUGGGCCAAACUGUGGGACAAGAUGUCACAACGACACCACGUGCCACUCGGGGGAGAAGUGCUGCACCCGCGGCUGCUGCACCCGCUGCGUGCUUGCUGAGCCAGCCAAACCUGGGUUCUGCCCACGGAAGCGUGCCCAGAAGAGAGCUGCUGCCUGCCCCAACCGCUGCACCGAUGACCGGGACUGCCCUGGGGAACACAAGUGCUGCUUCUCUGGCUGUGGGCUGGCCUGCACUCCUCCAGACACAGGGAGCCACCGUGCUGCAGCAAAGCCUGGCAUGUGCCCCAUGGUGCUGCGGGGCUCCUUGGGGCCCUGCCUGGAGCUGUGUGACACUGACGGUGACUGCACUGGGGACGACAAGUGCUGCACCACCGGCUGUGGCCACAUCUGCAAACCACCCACCAAGGGUAAGCCACCAGCACCCUGUGGGGACAAGACCCCUGUGCCCCCUCCUUGCCUGUCACCAUGGCCAGGUCUCUGUCCCCCUGCAGCAGAGGGUGAUCUGGCAACCAAGUGCCUCCGGUUGCAGGACAGGGACUGUCCCCCUGUCUCCCCUGCUGCUUGCAGUGCUGCAGCCGGGUCUGCAUCCACCCACCAUGGGUUAUAGUCCCCUCCAGCCUGCUGUCUCCUGGGUCCAGCCUGGAGGGGACAGAGGGGGGCCAGGGUGGGAGCACCACAGGGCCUCUCAUCCCUCAAAGGAGGCGCACUGAGGCAUCCUCACUGACCACCUCACUUGCCUCUUCCAGGUACAGAGUAGCCAUGGCCAGGAAGGGCUGCACCAGGAGCUGCCAUUUGAGGGUCAUCCUCCACCCCACUGCCAUUGCACCCAAGGGCUGAGCAGAGAUGCUGGUGCACCCCACACCUCUCCCUGUGCUGAAUCCUCUGCACUGGCACCAGCAUUGACUCUGAUGCUUCUGGUCAGGGUCCCUGGCACCCCCAGCUGUGCCAUCAAGGGCUGCAUGCUGUCUGCACUACCCAUGGCCAAGAUUCCCAGCAACCCUGCAUGAGGCAAAACCCUGCAUCCACAAUGGCCCCUCUGCCCCACAGCACUUCUGUGGGGAGAGAAUAAACCAUCCCACAGGCAC